UUGAUUUCGACAAUUACAGUGUCCUUAGUCUGUGGUCUUCAAACCUUGGGGCUGUGUGUGGAAACUUUCCACGGGAACUGAAAACAAAGCUCUCGGGAGGGCGAGAGGGAAAUUCAACUCAGGGGUGGAAGGAAACAAAGAGGAAGACCCGGUGUUUGCUUUGUGUAAAGUACCGGCAGUGAGUCCGGCAGUUGACAACAUCUCCGUCCUGCCUCUCAGAGCUGACAGCCCAAUCCGACCUGGCCGUGCCUGAAACUGAAUAUUUUCUCUGUGAGCGAGUUCCUCAAUUGCGAAUGUGCCUGUCAGGUCUCAUUACAAGCGGCUUUGCUUCCAAUUUAUCACUGAAGGAUCGUGACGCUGAUGGGUCAGUUCACUUAGGAAGAGAACACAGUGGAUUUGAGUUAACAGGAAAAGAGGCCGAGAAGUGACAUCAUCCAGGGCCAUGACACUGAAUGCGGGGGAUGAACUAAGCACAGAGAGUUCACACAGUGCAUGGCAUUAUAGGGCUACUUAGAGAAUGACUCCCUAUUGCCAGCUGAGGUGCAGAUGACAGAUCCAAAGAACAAAGAUCAAAGAACAAAGAAAAGUGCAGCACAGUUCAAAUAAUUUCUGAGGGAUCAUGAGUGAAAUUCUAGCAAUUCUUGAUGAGCUGUCAUUGGAUGAAAUGGAAAGAUUCAAGCUCAUAUUGGUUGAUAAUGGAAUCCCAGCUGGAAGACUCGAGAAGGCUGAUGCUACGAAACUGUUUGAUCUUAUCCAGAAAAAUUUUCUGGACGAAGCACAAUGUUUACGUGUGAUUCAAGAUGGCCUGGAGGCAAUUCCGCGCAUGGAUUUGCUCGGAGGUUUGAAUAAACUUCAGGGUGGUGAUGUGCCCGAUGGAAAGGCGAAAAAAUCAACAGGCAGUGUUAUCUUUAAUGCAAGGUCCAAAUCCAAAGUGAGGCAUCCUCAGGAACAUGGUCCAGCAAAAGUGCAGCCAAUCAAUACUGGAAAAGUAGGAGAGGUUUUAACAAAUUCAGGUGAAAGACAAUCCAAAGAUUAUGGUCGCGAUUCAAAGCUGCGAAAUUCCUGUUUAAUGGAGAUUGCUUUAGGUUUGAUCAUCAUCAUCUUGGCCACGACCGCAGCAAUCACUAUGUCCAACAGACCAUUCAUACCACUAAGAGUUCCUUGGUGGCCUGGGGUUCUGUUUUCUGUUAUAGGAAUUGUUCCAAUGUUGCCUCUCAAGAAACAUGAAAUAUUCAAGUUGACUGUUGUGCUUCUUUCAAACAUAUUCGGUUUAUUAAUCGCUCUAAUUUCUUUGGGAUUGUCAAUCUGGAACGGAAUAGAAGAGAAAUUGAACGCUAAGGAAUGCACAGCAAGCUAUCAUUGGAUCAUACUUGUUUUUGCUGCCCUGGAACUGUGCCUCUCUCUCUGGAACAUAGGUAUCACCAGCAAUUGGCUGCGUAAGGAAUGCAAAGCUUCCGUAUUAGUGAACUCCUGAAAGUUAUUCAGUAAGAUAGCCUUGCAAUAAAAGUGCUUCAAGCUCCUUUUUUUUCUGAUAAAAAGAUGAUUGAUAUGAUUCAAUUUCAACCCAUGUUGACUUGCUUGUUGAGCAAUUUUCAGAGCGCUCUGCUUUUAUUUCAAAUUUCCGGCACCAGCAACGUUUAGCUUUUGACACUGUGAAAUGUCUCAUUCAUUAAGAAUGAGGCUCAGCUGUCCUGAUAACUCAGUUAGCCUGUCCCGUUUAGCCAUAUGGGCUGGCACUUAUCUUGUUGAGAGCACGAACUGUAUUGUAGCACUAUGACAUCCUCUGUGCAGCCAAUUAUCCUUUGUAACCUCAGAACUCGUAUAUUCCAAUAACUUUCUAUCUGGACUUCCCUUGAAAUCCUUUUGAAAGUUGACUUCAUUCAAACCUCGUUCGUUCUUAUCCUGAAACAUAAAAAAGUCACGUUCACCCAUCACCUUUUGCUCGUUGAUCUACCAUGAUCCAUGGUCUUGCGGGAGGUCACUUAGAAAUAAACUCAUUCUUGAUUACAGGUCCCCCAUAGUUUGGUCACUUCCUCGAUCUGUUACAUCUUCAAUUCAUACACCACUCCAAGUUUUCUUCACUCCUCCAUCCCUGGCCUCUUGUAAUCCCCGAAUUCAUUUGGUCCACCAUUGAACAUGCAUUCAGAUUACCAGGCCCUGAAUUAUUAUAGCCUACAAACUUUGUGCAUUGCUACCUUUCCCUCCUUCUUUAAGACCUAACUUUUCAGCAAACUUUUCAUCAGCUGUCCUGAUAAAAAAUUUUGUCUUCAAUAUGAACAUGAGUUUAAGAUAUCGUUUAUGUGAAACACUCUGGAAUAUUUUACUCCAUUGAUGUCCAUAUAUAAAUGUACCUCAAUUAACUGCUGAUAAAAGUCAACAUACCUUUUCUCUACUGUAUUGACAUCCUGCUUAGUUGUGUAACUGCUGAUAUCUAGUGAAAUGUUUUUCAAUUAACUAAGGGCUGCAGAUUUAAGAUAGCUACAAAAAAAUAAAUCAGAGAGAUGAGGAGA